AUUCCAGGUCGUUAUGACAUGUGUAUGAAACCAGAAGAGAUUAGAGAUCCAACCAGAAACAUUUUGUCAAAAGAAGAUCCUGCAGUCGCUCCCAAAUCAGAUGUUGCCAUAUUUUAUCAACACAAAAUGUACACGUUUUUCAACCCUCAAAGCUCUCUGUAUAUGAAGGUAAUAGGAUGGUUUGACUAGUAUAAGCCUUGAACCUAUAAAAAUAAGCGAAGAAAGUAUUUAUAGUGUUUAGUGCACGAGCAUUUUAAAUCUGCUACCGCAGGAUCCAUUUCCUGCAAUACGGAGCUUUCCGACUUUAAUUUCACUUAAGGUGGCUCGAUAUAGUUUUCACAACUUCAGGUGUAUAUAAAAGUUCGUCAGUUUUAAACGUCGUAUUUUUAGGUUUAGUAGAUAUCGGGACGUUCAUCUAUUUUGAUGUUUCUCCUUUCAAUUUAUGUCAGUUUUAAAUCCAAUAUGCAGUAUAAGCAAAGCUUAGGAUUCCUCCUGUAGUGACACUGGACCAUUAUAAGCAAUUGCCUCAGAACUUAUUCAGCUAUCCGGUUGAAAUAAAGUUAAUUUAAUUCUGGUUUAGCUUACUUCUUUUCCUUGCUCUUUUUUUUUAUUUUGUAUCGUGUUUUCUUUAUGAAUCUAUUUUGUUUGUUUUUUAAUUUUUUCCUCUUGCAGCUUGUCACAUCAUGCCCGCCACCUUCGUCAUGUGGUACAGGUGCCCCAGGCUGGCUCUCUGGUGAUCAUCCUAAACUUGAGGAUGGCAUGUUAAGAAAAAAAGUUUGCAUCCACUACAAUGGCGAUUGUUGUUACAAAGCUCUCUAUGUUUCUGUCAUUAACUGUCCAGGAAUGUUUGUGUAUGCUUUGGAGAACUCUGCGUUUGACUUUCCUACGAGAUAUUGUUUCGAAGAUGACAAAAACUGUAAGUUUUUAGAAGGAUUUUGGAAAAUAGUAUUCUUCUUUAUGAAGAAAGGUGAUCCCAUAGAUAGCCAAGUAAAUACAUGUAUUCACUUAAAGAUGCUUUAAAACACUUAAAAUGCUCAUAAAGUUCACCUGACUUUGCUAUCUUGCGAUAAUAUUGUGUAGCUCAUUAUGUAUGCAGACUCGCAUGGUUACGUCAUUGUAUUAUCAUAUAAUAUAUGACAAUACAAUUCAUGACGUAACCAUGCGAGUUCAAGAAUAUACAAGCAACAUUCCCAAGUGUUUGGAUCAGGCCAUUCAAACACGGAAACCAUAAAGUAAUUGUUUUUUAGAAUAACAACUUUCCGUGUUAAAAUUUCAAUUUCACAAAAAAACUUUCACAUUAAAUUUCCGUGUUUGGAUAGCCUGAUCCAAACACAGGUUUCGACCAAUUAGAGCACGCGUUAUAUACAUGUUAUUUUAUAAUUUCACUUGCGAUUUGACUUGAACUCGGAGUAAAUGACUUGUGACUUGACUUGGACUUGCAAAGUAAGAGUUAUUAGAAACUCCGAUAUAAGGUCUUCUUCAGGUAACAUUCAGCUGACAGGUCGUUAGAGAGAACGUUAACAGGGUUCCAGUAAGUCCAUGUACCCUUUCACUUUUAUAAGCAGGGCUCGAAUCUUGCAGUAAGGGGUAGCCUGCGUAGCAGGUGUUUAGUGCGGGCGGGAGAAGAGAGUGCUACGCAGGCUAUGCAGGCCAUUAAGUUUAUCGAUAGCAUUUUUACACAGCAAGAAAAUUUAUGCUUUUAGCUGUCCAAUGAUACCUUUUUGUGUCGUUAUAAGAGAAAAUGGAAAAAUACGAACCGAGUAGAAAUUGCCACUGGAAAUCUAUUGAAUGUAAAUGCCAUGCAUUUGUAUCAAAAUUCAUGAAUUUUAAUUUAAAAGGCCUCACAUCUGCUCACUUCUGUUUGAAGCUUAUUGUUUAGCAUGACAUAUUAUUUUCUUACAUUAUUUUUCCUUUUGUUCUGCACUGCUUUAAUAAUGCACAUAGGUGGAAAUAUGUGAUUUCAAGCGGCAAUUUUCAGUCAUUUUUCAGUCAAAUGUUUGCCAAUUUUCAGUCAAAUUUUUGCCAAUUUGGUCAGUUUUGCUUGACAUGAUACAAAAAAAGUGUCAGUCGAAAGCUAUAAGACCAUAAUUUUUUAUUCGUGUUAAAAAUUAAAUCUGCACUCAAUAUUAAGCGCACAAGAGCACUCUAAAGCUGAAACAAGUCGCAUAUUAUUAGCACUGAUGAAGAUCCGGGCUUAUGGAUCGAAAGCUUUGCAGUAAUAAAUUUACGUGGUGUUUCCACAAACAAAACUAUUAUAUUUUAUCGCCAUGCAAACAUACAAAGAACUUAUUGAAUUGACCAUUUGCCAGAGACCAUUUGCGUAAUAAACUAAUUUUUGAACUAAGCAAGUCUAGACAAAAAUUUCAUCACAGCUUGAUGGAGCAUCACAAAAUUAGUAAUAUUCCAAAGUUUCGUUGCAAAAUGUUGUAAAAUGCGGAAAAUAUAGCCUUGCGAAAUUUGCAAUUUUCAGUCAUUUUAGAUUACAAACGGGAAAUUGACAGCCCCAAACCCUUCGAGGCUGUCAAUUUCCGGUUUGUAAUCUAAAAUGACUGAAAAUUGCAAAUUUCGCAAGGCUAUAUUUUCCGCAUUUUACAACAUUUUGCAACGAAGCUUUGGAAUAUUACUAAUUUUGUGAUGCUCUUUCAAGCUGUAAUGAAAUUUUUGUUGAGAUCAAAAUUUAGUCUAUUACGCAAAUGGUCAAUUACCUUUAUUUUACACACACUGUAUCACACUGUAUCAAGUCACGUUUACAUUUGCAAAUUUUGCUGCGAUUUUAGGUUUCAUAUACUCGGAACAUUCAUAACUUAUUUACUCGUUUACAUCCAUCAGAAGUGUAAACGAUCCAGGGACACCCUUACUAAGAGAACGGUUUAGAACUGAUAAAUCUAUCUAUAAAUAGUCAGUUUAGUAUAAAAAAUAGCAAUAGACCACUUCCGAGUUACGAUCCAUGGUUGCGAUCUGCAACGACACCAGGUCGAGGCUUAGUGCUAAGUCAAUACAAAACAUUACAAUUUCGAAUUCGUACGGAGCCUCGUUCUCAAGAUAGUUUUUGUACUCAUUGAAGCCUAAUUCGUAAAACACAUAUUUCUAUCCUUUUUAGACGAGGCUUUCGCGCCAUUCCGAUCCGUCCCGCUGUUAUUUGGUGCAGUUAGUGGUUCAAACACUGCUUUGGUCAACCAUGUCGUUGCAAAGGAUCAUGGGAUAGAGGAUACGUCACAGUGUCUAAUUGUAUGUAUGAUGAACAAAUGUCGAUCUUUUAAUUUUGACAAGUUGGAAAAAAUUUGCGAAGUAAAUAAUGUCACCAGAGACGAAUAUCCACGCGAUUUAUCCGCGAAGCCUGGGUUCCAGUAUUAUCAUCCGAUGAAGCAGCCGAUUGUUGUUAAUAAGGAUCACAAUUAGGUUGGUUUAGAAUUUUUGGUUUACGUAAUCUCUCUGGGUAAACAUAUAACUCAAGGAAAAGCUACAAAAGACCAAUUUCGAGCUGCCGGAAUAUUAAAGGGUGCACACCAGGAAUUUGCGGGCUCAAACUCCUGCUGGCGCCCAUUUUUCGGGACGAAUAGAUUAGAUGAUCUGGAAAGUUCUUACAAUCCGUCAUAUAUUUAAACCAUCCUUUUAUAAUC